AUGCUCAAGAGCGGCAUCGCCCGUAGCUUGGGCAGGUCUGCCCUUGCUCGACCUUCCCUCAGUCGACGCGCAUUCGAGCCUCUACGAAAACAAGCCCUUCCUGUCAUCGCACAGAGAUUUGCCUCGACGCAAUCCGCCGGUGAUGGCAAGAUCCAUCAGGUCAUCGGUGCCGUUGUUGACGUCAAAUUCUACGGCGAGAGUCUGCCUGCCAUUCUCAACGCCCUUGAGACCGACAACAAUGGAACGAAAUUGACUUUGGAGGUUUCGCAACAUUUGGGCGAGAGCGUCGUGCGAUGCAUUGCUAUGGAUGGUACGGAAGGUCUUGUCCGAGGACACAAAGCCACCGAUACUGGCGCACCCAUCACUAUUCCUGUCGGCCCCGGCACUUUGGGACGUAUCAUGAACGUCACCGGUGACCCCAUCGACGAGAGAGGUCCCAUCAAGGCCACCAAACGCGCCCCCAUUCACGCUGAUCCUCCCGAGUUCGUCGAACAGUCCACAUCCGCUGAAGUGCUUGUUACCGGUAUCAAGGUUGUGGAUCUCCUGGCUCCUUACGCUCGUGGUGGAAAGAUCGGUCUCUUCGGUGGUGCCGGUGUCGGCAAAACUGUGUUUAUUCAGGAAUUGAUUAACAACAUUGCCAAGGCACACGGUGGUUUCUCUGUCUUCACCGGUGUCGGCGAACGAACCCGUGAAGGUAACGAUUUGUACCACGAAAUGCAGGAGACUUCCGUCAUUCAACUCGAUGGCGAGUCCAAGGUCGCUCUGGUGUUCGGUCAAAUGAACGAACCCCCUGGAGCUCGUGCUCGUGUCGCUUUGACUGGUUUGGACGACGAAGGACAGGAUGUGUUGCUCUUCAUCGACAACAUUUUCCGCUUCACUCAAGCGGGAUCUGAAGUGUCUGCAUUGCUCGGCCGUAUCCCUUCAGCUGUCGGAUACCAGCCUACUCUCGCCGUCGACAUGGGUCUGAUGCAGGAGCGCAUUACAACCACCCAGAAGGGAUCCAUCACCUCUGUGCAGGCUGUUUAUGUCCCUGCUGACGAUUUGACCGACCCUGCACCUGCAACCACGUUCGCCCACUUGGACGCCACAACCGUGUUGUCUCGUGGUAUUUCUGAACUCGGUAUCUACCCUGCUGUCGAUCCUCUGGAUUCCAAGUCUCGUAUGUUGGAUCCCCGUGUUGUUGGCCAAGAACACUACGACACCGCCUCCCGCGUUCAACAGAUGUUGCAAGAGUACAAGUCGCUCCAAGAUAUCAUCGCCAUUUUGGGUAUGGAUGAAUUGUCUGAGGCCGACAAGUUGACCGUCGAACGUGCCCGAAAACUCCAGAGAUUCUUGAGCCAGCCUUUCACUGUUGCCCAAGUUUUCACUGGUAUCGAAGGCAAGCUUGUGGACUUGAAGGACACCAUCUCAUCUUUCCAAAAGAUCAUGAACGGCGAAGGUGACGAUCUGCCAGAAGGUGCUUUCUACAUGGUCGGUGACUUUGAGAGUGCUCGUGCGAAGGGUGAAAAGAUUUUGGCCGAACUUGAGAAGCAAUAG